UUUCCCUUUAUUCAUCAAGUUUCCUCUGUUAAGUCACUCUGAUCUCUGAGUUCCAGGCUGUUACAGUUGGACACACCUUGCCAGUGCCUCAGAAAGAUUCCAUGAUUGUCUUCAUGGAAAAUAUUGGGAAUGACACUGAUUGGUGGGAGUUGAUGGACGAGUUUGCAAAUUUCACUGGCACACCACCCACAGAAGAAUAUAGUCCCUGUAGGAUAGAGAUUGAAACACUCAACAAAUAUGCCGUACUGGUCAUCUAUGCCCUGGUCUUCAUGCUGAGCCUGCUGGGAAACUCCCUGGUGAUACUAGUUGUCUUAUACAGUCAGGUCAGCCGAUCUGUCACUGAUGUCUAUCUGCUGAACCUGGCCAUAGCUGACUUGCUCUUCGCCCUGACCUUACCUAUCUGGGCUGCCUCCAAGGCAAAGGGCUGGAUCUUUGGCACAUUCCUGUGCAAGGUGGUCUCUUUUCUGAAGGAAGUAAAUUUCUACAGUGGUAUUUUACUACUGGCCUGCAUCAGUGUGGACCGCUACCUGGCCAUUGUCCAUGCCACACGCACGCUGACUCGGAAGCGGCACUGGGUCAAGUUCAUAUGCUUAGGCAUCUGGGCCCUGUCCUUGCUCUUGGCCCUGCCCAUCUUCAUAUUCCGUGAGGCCAUCAAGCCCCCCUAUUCCAGCCCAGUCUGCUAUGAGGACAUGGGUGCCAAUACUGCAAAAUGGCGGAUGGUGUUGAGGGUCCUGCCCCAGAUUUUUGGCUUCCUCCUGCCCUUGAUGGUCAUGCUGCUUUGCUAUGGACUCACCCUGCGCACGCUGUUUGAGGCCCACAUGGGGCAGAAACACCGGGCCAUGAGGGUCAUCUUUGCUGUCGUGCUCAUCUUCUUGCUCUGCUGGCUGCCCUACAACCUGGUCCUGAUCGCAGACACCCUCAUGAGGCUCCGGGCGAUCAAAGAGACCUGUGAGCGCCGCAAUGACAUUGGCCGGGCCCUGGAUGCCACCGAGAUUCUGGGCUUCUUCCACAGCUGCCUCAAUCCCAUCAUCUACGCCUUCAUUGGCCAGAAGUUUCGCCAUGGACUCAUCAAGAUCAUGGCCAUCCAUGGCCUCAUCAGCAAGGAGCACUUGUCCAAGGACAGCAGGCCUUCCUUUGUUGGCUCUUCUUCAGGGAACACUUCUACUACCUUCUAGGCCCCUGCCCCUGUUGCAGCCCCUCGGGGCUCCUCCCUUGCCAUCAGCACCCCAUUCUAAGCCUCACGCCCACUGGCUGUCCACAGUCUCUAUGUCAAGGCAGCCCCCGUUGUGGUUACAGGGAGUUACUGGGGUCACGUCCUUAUCAGGCCCUCCUUGUAUGGUUGAGAAAGCCUGCCCUGCUGCCCCUCCCCUUACUGUAGUUGCUAUGUCAGCUGCUAGAGCUCAGUCCAUCCUACCACUGAGCCCAUAGCACCCUGUCCCCUGAGACACUUAAAGACAUUUAACAGACAUUCUUUUAAGUGACUACAGAAAGUUCCCACCAUUGGGAGCCAUUAGUGGCAAACAGCAUUGGUUGCUGCCCCAACUCUCUCUUUCUUGCCUGUCAGCAAAGUCCACUUCCCUUGAGAGAGGCCAAAAAGGACAGGUACUCCUUUCUAAGACUCCUUUUUGCUAGGAGUGGCCUUAUCAUUCACUUCUGACUAAUAAGAUUUAAGGGCAUUAGUGUGCUGGUCAACCACUGUCCUGGGGAAAAAAAAGUCCUGAUUUGUAGCAUUUGCCAAGUUGCCUGGUGUAAAUGCUCCCACCGUGGCGAUGUCAGGGGUGGUGGUGUUUAGCAACCAGCUCACAAAAAUCUAGGAAAUGUAAUGAUCUGCUUUCACAAGCAGGUACAAACCGGCUUCAGUGCACCAUUGCUUAAGAGGAAGUCUGCUGGGACUGGAGGACUCCUGGGAAGUAACUCCUGAUUGAACAAAGAAAGAGAGGGGCACCUGGGCCACCUCAGUUAA